AUGGCUUUGGACAUGAACAUACAAGAGUUAUUGGUAAUCAAAGAUUCUGACUUGCUCAUCAAUCAAGUGAAGGAAAAUUGGGCAACCAAGAAUGAUAAAAUACUACCAUAUGUAAACCUGGUACAGAGACUGAGUGGAAGAUUCAAAAGCAUUGAUUUCAGGCAUACUCCGAGGGCUCAGAACGAUUUUGCUGACGUAGUAGCUACAAUAGCCUCCAUGAUUCAACACCCCGAGAGUACCCACAUUGAUCCGCUAGAGAUCACUUUGAAAGAAGAACAUGCUCACUACGCCCACAUUGAGGCUGAGCCAGAUGGGAAACCAUGGUAUGCUGACAUCAAGGCAUACCUGGAGAAAGGAGAGUAUCCCCCAGAAAGCUCAGCAAAUUAG